CUUACCGCUAAAGCUCUCGAAAACGGUUUCCACCUUUUGAAGAAACGGUCCGUCUACGCGGCUCCUCUGGCCGCCGCUUAUGCCGCCCCCCUCGCCUACACUUCACCUCUUGCUUACUCAGCCCCGAUUGCCUACGUAACGCCUCUCAUCCAGCCCUCCAACUACCGGGGACCUUUGUCACUCGCUCCUGGCCAGCCCGCAAAUAUCUUGGCUGCUGACGGACGGCCACUCGACACCCUGGACGUGAACUUGGACCGUGCUGCUCACUACACUGCCGAGGCUCUGAACGGUGCUCAUAUUCUCAAGAAACGGUCUGCAUUCCUCGCCCCUGUAGCUCCCGUCGUCGGCCACGUCGCCGUUGCCCGGGCUCCACUGAUCGCCUCCACCUACGCUUACCGCGCACCCAUUACUCGGAUAAAUCACAUUUCAUACGCUUCCCCCGUUGUCCGGUACUAUUAAAUUAUAAUGAAA